UUAUGCCAUGACAAGCUCAACCGGUUUCCCUUUCUAUCCGCCUUUUCUUUUCUCCCUCGUCUUCCCUGCCAUGAUCAAAUUGUUCAAGAGAAACACCUCCACUGACACGUGUCAUCAUCACCACCACUAUCACCACCAUCCACUUUUGGGCCUUGGACUCGCCACCACAGACGUCCACAGACCUCCCAACGUUCUGGAGUCCGCCAUGCUGAAGCCCAACAGCGACGUGCCUCGGCCCAAGAAGACACAGAUUGGAUCCCUUGACGAAGAGGUGGUCUGCUUCGUCAGCGGCUUGGCCUCAUGCACGGAGACUCUAGGCUGCGAGAGCUCCGACCAAAUCCACAGUAAUUGCGAGGACGAGGAUGUGAUCGAUGGCGAGAAGAUUUCUCGGAGGAGGACGGUGAAGACGGAAGGGAGAGGGAAGGUGAGGACAUUUCCACCGCCGCUGUCGUCGCUCAAUCGGAACGGUAAACCGAGUUUUUAUCUCCGGCCUGUGAGGAAAGACGGGAGGUUGGAGUUGACGGAAGUGAGAAUAGAGCGACCGGAGAUUCUGCAUGCAUGGCGAGAGAACGGGCGUUUGACAUUGCGUCUGGUGUCAGAUCUCGAAGAGGAAGAGGAAGACAUAGAAGAAGAAGAAAAAGAAGAGGAAGAGGAAGAGAUAGAAGAAGAAGAAAAAGGAAUAGAGGAAGAGAACGUCGGAGAGUGGAGGCUCCGGAGUAGUGAAGGGUUAAGGAGGUGUCACGAGAUGGUGAACCAUCAUCACCAUCACCAUGUUCAUGGCAGCAUGCGCAUGUGUGGAAUCAGCAUUGUGUGAGGGUUGGAGGGACACGUGGCAUGGAGCUUUGAAGGGGAAUGAAUGAUUUGAACGUUGGAAUUUGCACUGCAAAAAUUGGCAGAAGAAGGGUUGGAUGUGUAUAGAGAGAAAUCAUGCAUGCAUGCGGUGGUGUUUGGUUGCUGGAAAAACGACACUACCAAGAGGUCCACACAGGCUGUAAUUACUUUGCUGCGUUUUGUAUUCUUAGGCAGAGAGAGAGAAUGUUCGAGACGGAGAGCUAUUGUACUGUAUUUACCAAAUUUUGAAGAUUUAUGUUAGAUGCCAAAAACAAUUUCUGAACAUAUUUUCUUCAGUUUUUAAGGUUGUUGUUGAAACCAGUUAAAGUUCUCGGAAAAUUUGCCAUUUAAUCAACCCAGUGGCUUCUAAUUUGAACUCUCGUCAUCUCAC